GGCACGCACGUACAUAGCCGACCCACGCUCACAGGAACACACGCACGCGCGCAAAGUCAGUCGGUACUCACGCACGCGCACGCACGUACAUGAGCGCGCGUCGCUGACACACUCACACACAUACGAAGCCAGUGUAUUUUUAUUUCAUUAUUUACUUUUAGUGUACAGAAAUAUAAUGUUAGUCUGAUACUAUAAGGUUAAACUCGUCGAUCGCGAUCCGUGUUUAGUUUUUAAAUGUGUAUCGUGUUCUGAUUCCCUUGUAAAUACCGUUGUAUAUAAGGAACAGGUGAAGUAUUUGAAAAAAAAAUCUUAUCAAAAUGAGUGGCGCUAAAGGUAAUGCGAAUCGCAAUGCCAAGACGUCAGGAAAAAACAGUAACACAAAUGCAGCAGCACAGAUCGCUGAAACCAAAGAUACAGAAAAAUUGCAGCCAACUCCUGAGCAGCUAAGAAUUGCAAAAAUUACUGAUCCAAGACCUGAUGAAGAAAUAAUGAGAGAAAAAGUUACACAGGUGAUGACAAUAACCCAAAAAACUGAAGAUGAAGCAGUUAUUGCACUUCAUGACAAUGGUUUAGAUGUGACAUUAACUGUUGAAGCUAUUUUGGAAGGACCCCUUGAAUCUUGGUCCACCACUGGCAAAAAAAAGAAAAACAGAGCCAAUAGUGUGAAUAAAAAAGAAAAAGAAGAAUUGGUAAAAAAUGGUGAAACAGAUGGUGGUGAUGUUGAAUGGGAUGAAACCAUUACACCUGUUGUGAACAAUACUACUCAAAAUAAUGGUGGAUUUAGUGAACGACGUGGUCGUGGCCGUGGAGGACGAGGAGGUUAUAGUAACAGACCAAGACCGUCUGAAGGUCAGCGAUUUGGAGAAUCUCGUAAAUGGAGAGAACGUGAUAAUAAAGAAAAUGAAAAGAAUUUAGCUGAAGAUGGUGCUAGUGGUGAGAAUCGUAAUUUCCGUUCUGAUAGCCGAGGUUCAAGAAGAGGUAUGAAUGGACCGCGUUACAAUGGUCGUUCUAGAGGCACUCGUAUGUUCCAAAAUAGUGAACGUGGAAACUCUGGACCGGGAGGUGGCAAUAAUAGCGGAUUCAGUCAACCAAUUGAUACUUGGUUUAAUCCUACUGCUAAAGAAUUAAAGAAAGAAAAUUGGGAUACAUUUCCAUCUCCUGAAGACUGGGACAAUGAAGAGUACACAGGUUCAUUAGCUGAUACUAAAGUAUUUACACCUAGUGGUGGUGCUGAGAGUACUGUAAACAAUGAUGUUGAUGAGUCUAAACCAAAAGAAAAUGCCUAUUUGGAAGUAGAAGAUUGGAACGAUGCUGUACAAUCUCCUAACCAACAAGCUGCAAAUAAUACGACUGCAGAAAAGUUAGUUUCUAUUGCUAAUAGUAAAACUCUUACUCCAGAACAGUCGCAGUAUCUUUCAUCAUUGACCCAAGAAAGUCAAUUGAAAAAAGUAGUUACUCAACCUCCAGUUGCUUCUACAACAUUUAAUUCUCAUCCUCCAGUGGAGUUUGUUUCUUCGCCAUUUGAAGAAAAUUCAAUGGGUCCUGGAAAGAAACCAACCUUACGGGCUCGUAUACCUCCCCCAUCUAAAAUCCCAUUAAGUGCUGUAGAAAUGCCACCUGAUGAUUCAAGUGUUAAUAUUAACUUCUUAGAUGUUUCAUUUGGUGCUGUCGAUCUUUCUAGUGAUGCACCACAACUUUGUGAUCCUUCACUAGAUCAAAAUGCAUUACCAUCAGUUGUUAAAUAUGAUGACUCAGUUGCUCAGAAAGUAGAUUCUGUGUUGGCUCAAACUGAAUAUUCAGCAGUGGCUAAUCAGGCAGCUAUACAGAAUCAAAGACCACCUCAAGUAAAUCAGGCACCUCAGCCUUCAACCAAAAUUGGACCUCCCCCCGGAGUUCCUCCUCCUGCAGAUUACUUGUCUAAACAAAAUGCUGCUGUUAAUCCUUACCAAAAUGUAAAUGCAGCAAACGCUGGACAACCAACAUCUAUGUAUAACUCUUCAGUUUAUUCAAAUAAUCCACAAGGUAUAUCUACUCAUUCAAGUUUAUAUGGUACUACUGCAUCCAAUAUUGGUGUAAAUAGCGCUAAUCCUCACAUUCCUCAAUUGUCUCAGUCUAAUCAUUCAAUUUUAAAUGCUAAUUAUCCUCAAACUGCUGCACAGGCUCCGUUCCCAUCUUAUACUUACCAAAAUCCGGGACAUUCAUAUCAGGCGUCUGGAAUGUCCUAUCCUAUACCUACAGCUUCCAAUAUAGCAUCAAUGUACUCACAACCUUCAACAUUUUCAAAUUAUAAUAAUAUACAUCAAAAUCUACACCAAACUGCGAAUACAAAUAACUUGUCUAAAUCAACAGCUUCAUUAACAUCCACAACAAAUUCUACUAAAGAUAGUAUAUACGAACAGUCUCAAUCUUCAAGCAGUAAUGCGCUUACAUCAAGUGCUAGUAAUUCUGCUGGAAAUAAUGUAGGUGGUACAACAUCCAGUAUUGGACUAACACAAAGUACAUUAUUAGCUUCUAAAACUACUACACCAACAACCAAUAAAAGUGGUGUAUUAUCAGGCAUACCUCCUGGUGUUGGUCCAAUUGUUAGUGGUCAGUAUAUAUUGAGUCAGCAGGGUAUUCCAGGAUAUUAUCAUCAAUCACAUCCUGUAAUGUAUAGUGAUGAACACUUACAAAUGGUGCAAUCAAGGUUACCUCAUCAUAUGACUAACUUUUAUUCACCUGAUCAAAUGUAUCCUAGUGUAUCGUCAAGUCUGACUGGAAGAGAAACAGCUGGGACUGGUAUUUCAAAUGUUGCAGGUUACUCCUCCCUUACAGAUUCAAGAUUUGCACGUACUGAUAAUGCCUCACCAGUUCAGUCUACAUUAUCACAGCAGACUGGAGCGUUGGCUCAUCAACAAACAUUGUUAAAUCCACCUAUUACUCCCAGCUAUACAUAUUAUUAUGGUCAGUCUGUGAUACCAGCUAAUCCGUUCCAGUAUGGUACUAUGUACCCGAUGGCGCCCGCAGCAAGUGCGACCAGUCAUGGCACAGGAGCUACCAAUACCAUGUCCGGAUACAAUAAGACUGCAACUGCACCUGCAGGUUACAACAAUGUGUACGAAACUCUGGGUUCAUCGUCUGUGACUGGUUCUACCAAUGACUAUGGGAGUUCAAGCAAAGUUGGUGUCUCCGGUCAACAGACAUCUCAAGCUCAGGUCAAGACAAAUUCAUCUGAUCUCGCUGCUAUGUAUUCCAGCAAGUCAACAUUGAACAAAGUCAGUCCUUAUGACAAACAACAACAAUCAUUUCAAUCUCCACCACCAUUCUCUGUGACUUUAAAUAAUGGUGGAGUCGGUGGUCAUCAUAGUGGGGGUAGCUAUGCUCCAGUAUUUAUUUCGCCAUUGCCUCCGGGUAAUCCGCAGCCACAUCAUAUUGCACCAUUGCACCAUCAGAUUGACAUGAGAGUUCAAAACAGGCAAGGACAAGAACUGACUAACGGAACUAGCAACAUGAGUCGCAACCAAUCGGUAAAUCCUACUGCCACUAAGAAUGUUAAACAAAACUAUAGCCAAGGAGGAAGCACUCCUUACUGGAACUCUAACUGACUUUAUGUCUUGUCCGCAUUUACUAUUUGAUGACUUUUCCUGAGUCAUUAAUGAGCAUUACCCUUUGGGAGAAUGGUGAACAUACAGAAGUAUCAUUUUCGCCUUCAACCUUUUACCCUUCAUUUACUCAAUAGUAUCACAGAUAUCAUUAUUUUUUCCUGAGUAAAUGUUAAAAUGUUUCAUUUUGUUUAUUAAAUCAGGUUAUAAUAAUUUA